UAUGUCUAGGCCUAGUUAUCUUUGAUCUUCCAUAUCCUUCGUUCCAUUUGAACAUCUGGACAAAAUACACAAUGAUGGUAAUAAACACUUGGGAUAUUUUGUCCUUCAGCAAAGUAGCCUACUAGCCUAAAGCACACAGAUUGAUACAAGGCAACGCGCAGGUUAAGUCAGAACCAUGGAGAAAUGAGGCAAAGCCUACACCUUCCAGUACCGAUGCGUGGGUAAAGUCACCGGGAAGCCAAGCAGAAAAAUAGCCAUAUUACAGCCUGUGUUGUGAUAAUUGCUUUGUUUGCUCUAUAACCUGUUAGUUCAUAAGCCUUGACACAGCCGAGACAAGAAGACAGUGGCAGAAUAAAUUCAACCACAACCUUUGUUCAAUCAUAAAACCGAUGAAAUCCACAACACAUUUUGUAUGUAACAAACAGUUACAUGACAUACAGCAUGGUCAAGCCAGUUAAUGUUUCCGACGUUUUAGAACUACUAAAUAACUGUUGAUUUAGUUACCGCAAGUCGCAAAGAAAACUGCCUCCACUAUUCCAGCACUACCUCAGCUGCACAUUUCCGUCCAUUAAGAACCAAUGAUGUAAAUCAAGGUUUAUUUGUCACGUGCGCCGAAUACAACAGGUGUAGCCCUUACAGUGAAAUGCUUACUUACAGCCUCUAACCAAUAGUGAAAAAAAUAUUAGGUGAACAAUAGGUAAAUAAAGAAAUAAAACAACAGUAAAAAGACAAUUGAAAAUAACAGUAGCAAGGCUAUAUACAGACACCGGUUAGUCAGGCUGAUUGAGGUAGUAUGUACAUGUAGAUAUGGUUAAAGUGACUAUGCAUAUAUGAUGAACAGAGUAGCAGUAGCGUAAAAAGAGGGGUUGGCGGGUGGUGGGACAAUGCAGAUAGCCCGGUUAACCAAUGUGCGGUAGCACUGGUUGGUCGGGGCAAUUGAGGUAGUAUGUACAUGAAUGUAUAGUUAAAGUGACUAUACAUAUAUGAUCAACAGAGUAGCAGCUGCGUAAAAGUGGGGUUGGGGACACACAGUGCAAAUAGUCCGGGUAGCCAUUCGAUUACCUGUUCAGGAGUCUUAUGGAUUGGGGGUAAAAACUGUUGAGAAGCCUUUUUGUCCUAGACUUGGCACUCCGGUACCGCUUGCCAUGCGGUAGUAGAGAGAACAGUCUAUGACUGGGGUGGCUGGGGUCUUCGACAAUUUUCAGGGCCUUCCUCUGACACCGCCUGGUGUAGAGGUCCUGGAUUGCAGGCAGCUUAGCCACACUGGGCCAUACUCACUACCCUCUGUAGUGCAUUGCGGUCAGAGGCCGGGCAAUUGCCGUGCCAGGCAGUGAUGCAACCAGUCAGGAUGCUCUCGAUGUUGCAGCUGUAUAGCCUUUUGAGGAUCUGAGGACCCAUGCCAAAUCUUUUCAGUUUCCUGAGGGGGAAUAUGUUUUGUCGUACCCUGUUCACGACUGUCUUGGUGUGUUUGGACCAUUAUAGUUUGUUGUUGAUGUGGACACCAAGGAACUUGAAGCUCUCAACCUGCUCCACUACAACCCCGUCGAUGAGAAUGGAGGCGUGCUCGGUCCUCCUUUCCCUGUAGUCCGCAAUCAUCUCCUGAGUCUUGGUUACGUUUGUAGCAUUUCUGAUGUUACUCAUUUAUUUCCAGCUACAUCUCAGUUCUAUCUAAACGGGUCAGCAACUCGGUUGCUUGGUAACAAUACAGCUGCUAUUAGUUAACAUUAGCUUUUUUGUGUCCAGUAGCUAACGAACAGGCAAAGAAAGGUAACUAGCUGUAAUUGUUUAUGGAAGGUUUGUUACACAAAUAACUUCAGCCAUUAGUUAGCUAGCAGACAAGAAUUGCUGACAACAAUAGCUAGUUCAUGUCUAAACGGCAGUCCUACAUUUUUUCCACAAAACAUAUUUAGCUAGCUACAUCACUUAAACAAAAGUGUCACGCUGUUACCUUACAAUGUGUAACGGAUGUGAAAUGGCUAGCUAGUUAGCGGGUACGCGGUAAUAGCGUUUCAAUCGGUUACGUCACUUGCUCUGAGACUUGAAGUAGGGUUCCCCCUUGCUCUGCAAGGGCUGCGGCUUUUGUGGAGCGAUGGGUAACGACGCUUCGUGGGUGACUGUUGUUGAUGUGUGUAGAGGGUCCCUGGUUCGCGCCUGUGUCGGAAAGGGGACGGUACUAAAGUUAUACUGUUACAAAUGCAUGCCGUGAACUUUUGAAACUUGUCGUGGUAAUUAUUCUAAUGAAAAGGAUAGACUUUUAGAUUUCUACAAAACCAUCCAACUUUAUAAUUAAUUACUGCAGUAAUGGUGUGUUAACGGUCACCCAAUGGUGUAGAGCUACAAGCCCAAAUAAACAGAUUAAAUUCCGUGUCCAUUUGCGAUGUGGGAGAGAAACUGGAGGGAGAGUUCCCCUGGCCCAGGCAGAACAGCAUUUGACACAGCAACUCAGUUAACAUUAGCAGUGGAAUGUAGUUUUUAGGUCUUAUCACCAAUGCAUCGUCAAUCAACUGCCAGCAUUAAGCCUCAGAGGCUCCUCUCAGGCCAACAGACAGUGUGAAAGUACUAAUUGAAGAAUAUUCUAUAAAAGAUCAUUUGAAUAACAUUGUUGUAAUUUCUACCACAAACGCUAGCUAGCUACGCCAUAGUUCAAGCUAUGGCAAGCUAUUUCACUGUCAGACAGGACAGCACUCAAACUGUAGCUGAGAAAACAAAUCAGAUUGUAUUGUAUUGAUUGUAUUGGUCCAAAUACAUACUUGGUAGAUCUCAUUGUGGGUGUAGCGAAAUGCUUGUGUUCCUAGUUCCAACAGUGCAGUAAUAUCUAACUAAUGUUCAUCUUGUCUAAAUGUCAAAUAAUCCUGCCAAUUAUUCCUCUUCCACCAAACUUCACAGUUGGCAAUAUGCAUUGCAGCAGGCAGCGUUCUCCCCCCUACCAAACCCAGAUUUGUCCGUCAGCGGCGAGCCUUACACCACUCCAGCCGACGCUUGGCAUUGCGCAUGGUGAUCUUUGGCUUGUGUGCAGCUGCUCAGCUAUGGAAACCCAUUUCAUGAAACUCCCGAUGAACAGUUAUUGUGCUGACGUUGCGUCCAGAGGCAGUUUGGAACUCGGUAGGGAGGGUUUCAAAAGAGAUGAUUUUUACACGCUAAGCGCUUUAGUACUCGGGGGUCAGACUCUGAGAUAUUGUGUGACAUACCACUUCUCAAUUGAGCCAUUGUUAAUCCUCGAUGUUUCUACUUCACAAUAACAGCACUUACAGUUAACCGGGGAAGCUCUAGCAGAGCAGAAAUUUGGCAUACUGACAUGUUGGACAGGUGGCAUCCUAUGAUGGCGCCACAUUGAAAGUCACUGAGCUCUUGAGCUCCACUCUACUGCCAAUGUUUGUCUAUGGAGAUCGCAUGGCUGUGUGCUCAAUUGUAUACCCUGUCAGCCACGCGCGUAUCUCCCGGGUGGCGCAGUGGUCGAGGGCACUGCAUCGCAGUGCUAGCUGCGCCACCAGAGUCUCUGGGUUCGCGCCCAGGCUGGGCUGGGUUCGCGCCCAGGCUCUGUCGCAGCCGGGAGAUCCAUGGGGCGACGCACAAUUGGCAUAGCGUCGUCCGGGUUAGGGAGGGUUUGGCCGGUAGGGAUAUCCUUGUCUCAGUAUGUAAAAAGGUAAUAAAAUGUAUGCACUCUACUGUAAGUCGCUCUGGAUAAGAGUGUCUGCUAAAUGACUAAAAUGUAAAAUGUAAAUGUAGCGCAACCGGGUGGUAGUCAGCUAGUGACAAGUUCAGGGCAGGGUACUGGGUGGAGGCCAGCUAGUGAUGGCUAUAUAACAGUCUGAUGGCCUUGAGAUAGAAGCUGUAUUGACCUUGCCUUCUGAAUGAUAGCGGUGUGAACAGGCCGUGGCUUGGGUGGUUGAACUUGAUGAUCUUUUUGGCCUUCCUGUGACAUUGGAUGCUGUAAGUGUCUUGGUGGGCAGGCAUUGUGCCGACGGUGAUGCGUUGGGCAGACCGCACCACCCUCUGGAGAGCCCUGAAGUUGUGAAUGGUGCAGUUACCAUACCAGGCGGUGAUUCAGCCCGACAGGAUGCUCUCAAUGGUGCAUCUGUAAAAGAUUGUGUGUCUUAGGGGCCAAGCUGAAUUUCUUCAGCCUCCUCAGGUUGAAGAGGUGCUGUUCAGCCUUCUUCACCACACUGUCUGUGUGGAUGGACCAUUUCAGAUUGUCAGUGUUGUGUACACAAAGGAACUUGACCGGCCCUGUCAAUGUGGAUGGGCAAAGAGGACCAGAUUGGAGUUAUGAUCUGAUUUGCAAAGGUAGGACAGAGGAGGGCAAAUACACAUGUAACCACACGUUGUCCACUGCAUUGUGCAAAUGCAUGCUGGGUAGCAUCAAACUCACCAGUUUUGAACAUCCAGAAUAGAUUCUAUUAUGCUCCUUCUCCUGUCUUGACAUGUGUAUCCAAAUCUGUGCUGGUCAACAGUGCCAAAUUAACAACUCUGCCAUUAGACAGGCUUGAUUGUAUUUACAGCUCUGAUCUGGAUGGUGGACUAGCCCAUGUAUUGGAUAUUUGUCAACGGCCAUUCCAGUGGAGUGGUGCUUGGGGUGGAGGGGGCUAAUGCUCCCCAAACCCUGAUUAUAUAAAUGUAUAGGGUGCAUAACUCUGCAAUGCUUUAGGCUAGAAACAAGCUGUAAAAGGCACCAGAAAGAUGUGGCUCUAUUGUACAUGGGGAUAACUGUAUAAAUUGACAUUCAUUUAAUUUAGGGUGGAAGGUAAAACCAAAUAAUUGAUGGAUUUGGCUCUAAAUACUACAUCAUAAUGAGCAGCAGUAGUUCAGGUGUUUUAGUUUUUACUCACUUGUUAUUAUGACAAAUCACGAUUUGACAGGUGUUGGCGUCCUCCUCGUUCCAUCAUCUGUUAAGCUCCUAACACGUAUGAACCCUGAACUAAAUCGAGUGUCUGACCAAUUACGUGAGACAUUAGUUCUUAACUCAGGUGAAAGAUGUGUUCAACUCCAAUGACUGCUCAACCAAAGUUUCUGAACAUAAGACAAGGCAUUACAAGUGUUAUCAGUUUUGACAUUUUGUAAAAACAAAUAUACCACUUCCAUCUGAAAGAUUUGGCAAAGUGAUUGAAAAUGUAGAAAGUAGUGAACGAUGACACACUUCAGGAAAAUGGAGGUAUUAUAAGGAUGCACCAAUCAAUCAGAGUUUUAGACUAAAUUCAUCAAAUGUUUGGUCUAAUUAUAUUCUAUGUACUUUACUUCCUGUGGUCACCAGGACAGAGCUAGCCCGUCCACCUCCAACCUGCCGGAGUCCCCGUGUCACAACUCUCCCGGUAGCGCCUUACUGCUGGGUCUGAAGAGGGUGUCUGUGCGGCUGGUCGACUGCAGGAAAACAGCAGGGCAGAGUGGAACUGUGAGAGAAGGACACGAGGAGGAAGGAUAUUUGAUUCCAUCAAGUGACACCCCUAACCGUCGUUCUCUCAGUGGGAGGAGCUUAUCAUCUGGGGAGCCUCAACAUGUUACUGACGUAACAGAGAAGAGCCUCUCCAGAUCAGAACACAGCAAGAAACACCAGCAGAGAUGUAGAGGGAAGAAACCUCACCACUGCUGCUCUGACUGUGGGAAGAGUUUCACUAGCCUGAGUGGCUUCAUUAUUCACCAGCGGAUUCACACCCGAGAGAAACCGUACUGCUGCUCUCAGUGUAGGAAGAGUUUCACCUGUGCAGGAGGUCUUAAAGUACACCAAAGAAUCCAUACGGGAGAGAAGCCUUACAGCUGCUCAGAAUGUGGGAAGUGUUUUACUGCUUCUAACGCCUUCAAAUAUCAUCUGCGAAUUCAUACAGGGGAGCGGCCUUACCCCUGCCUUGAUUGUGGAAAGAGCUUCAACCAGUCAUGCAACCUGACGACACACAAGCUAACACACACGGGAGUGAAGCCUUAUAGCUGUGAUCAGUGUGGGAAGAGCUUCAAUCAGGCAGUCCAUCUGACCACACACAAGCUAGCACACACUGGAGUGAAGCCUUAUAGCUGUGAUCAGUGUGGAAAGCGCUUUGCUGUAGCUUCCACCCUGAAUAGACACCAGGUAACACACACAAGAGUUAAGCCUUAUAGCUGUGAUCAGUGUGGGAAGAGCUUUUCUGUAGUUUCCUCCCUGAUUAGACACCAGGCAACACACACUGGAGAGAGAACUUAUGUCUGUCUAUGUGGGAAGAGCUUUGCUUUAGCUUCCACCCUGACUACACAUCAGCGAACACACACUGGAGAGAAGCCUUAUAGGUGUGAUCAGUGUGGAAAGAGCUUUGCUGUAUCAGAAAAACUAACUAUACACCAGCGAACACACACAGGAGAAAGGCCUUAUAGCUGUGAUCAGUGUGGGAAGAGCUUCAGUCAAUCAGUACACCUGAAUACACACCAGCUAACGCACAGUGGAGAGAAACCUUACAGCUGUGAUCAUUGUGGAAAGAGCUUUAGUCAAUCAGUACACCUGAAUUCACACCAGCGAACGCACACAGGAGAGAAACCUUACAGCUGUGAUCAUUGUGGUAAGAGUUUCAGUCAAUCAGGGAGCCUAAAUGCACACAAGCGAACACACACGGGAGAGAAACCCUAUGUCUGUUUUUGUGGGAAGAGCUUUGCUCAUUUAGGGCCAAUGAAAAAACACCAGAAAGCAAAAAUGUGCCAUAUUUCAUCUUCUGAUUCGACACCGGUUCCAGAUCCCUAAAUAAAGGAUCAAUAGAAAACAUCUAUUGAACAGUCAUAUCCAUCACCCAUUCUUGCUCUGCUUUCUUAACACUAUCAACAAGGCAGGUCCUACAGGCCCUAGUUUUGUCGCACCUUGACUACUGUUCAGUCGUGUGGCGAGAUGUCACAAAAAAGGACUUAGGAAAAUUGCAAUCGGCUCAGAACAGGGCAGCACGGCUGGCCCUUGGAUGUACACAUAGAGCUAAUGUUAAUAAUAUGCAUAUCAAUCUCUCGUUGCUCAAAGUGGAGGAGAGAUUGACUUCAUCACUACUUUUAUUUAUGAGCGGUAUUGACAUGUUGAAUGCAUCGAGCUGUCUGUCUAAACUACUGGCACACAGCUCAGACACCCAUGCAUACCUCACAAGACAUGCCACAAGAGGUCUCUUCACAGUCCGCAAGUCCAGAACAGACUAUGGGAAGCGCACAGUACUACAUAGAGCCAUGACUACAUGGAACUCUAUUCCACAUCAAAUAACUGAUGCAAGCAGUAAAAUUAGAUUUAAAAAGCAGAUUAAAGCAACACAAACAUAGGCACAGACACAUGCAUACAUGCACACACGAUAACACAUACACAUGGAUUUAGUACUGUAGAUAUGUGGUAGUGGUGGAGUAGGGGCCUGAUGGCACACAUUGUGUUGUGAAAGCUGUUAAUAUAUUGUAAUGUUUUUAAAAUUGUAUAAACUGCCUUAAUUUUGAUGGACCCCAGGAAGAGUAGCUGCUGCCUUGGCAGGAACUAAAUGGGGAUCCAUAAUAAAUAAAAAUACUUGGGUUGACAAUGUCUCAUAUAGAUUUGUUUGAAGGGCCAUAUCCCUAGAGUGUAAAAUGUGUUCUAUCAUUGCAGCAAUGGUAGCUUUCUGUGUGUUAUCACUCUUUCUGUUCAUCCCUCCAUCCCAUUCAGUUUUCCCAUAGUGGUUUUCCCGUAUGACAAUGUCAGCAUACAGUAGAUCAGGUUAUUACUCAUGUUUACCCUUUAAUCAUAUAUCAUUGGAAAUAUUAGAUUCAUAGCUGUCCAUCAGACACAUCUUCAGAAUGUUCAGAUUGACAGAAAGGUGAACUUUGACCUCUCGGAAACAUAUCAGAAUUACCUGUCAUUGCUUUAAAAACAAAAUUAUACAUUUAAACUUUGUUUGACAAAUGGUUCUGAAACGUCAUAAAUUAUCUUUCAAAAGUGUCCAGGCCUCGGGUGGGGAGAACCCCU